AUGAACGGAGCAAACGGCGUCCAGCGACCAGGCUUCUCCUUCAAACGACCGGAAUCCAGCGUCAAGCGACCAGGCUUCUACUUCAAAAACCUCGCGGCGACGGCAAGUGCACGGACGAGCGUCAGCGACCAGGCUGCUUCUCUCUACUCUACGCGGGGACAGCAGGAACGGAGCGAACGGCGUCCAGCGACCAGGCUUCUCCUUCAAACGACCGGAAUCCAGCGACCAGGCUUCUACUUCAAAAACCUCGCGGCGACGGCAAGUGCACGGACGAGCGUCAGCGACCAGGCUGCUUCUCUCUACUCUACGCGGGGACAGCAGGAACGGAGCAAACGGCGUCCAGCGACCAGGCUUCUCCUUCAAACGACCGGAAUCCAGCGACCAGGCUUCUACUUCAAAAACCUCGCGGCGACGGCAAGUGCACGGACGAGCGUCAGCGACCAGGCUGCUUCUCUCUACUCUACGCGGGGACAGCAUGAACGGAGCAAACGGCGUCCAGCGACCAGGCUUCUCCUUCAAACGACCGGAAUCCAGCGUCAAGCGACCAGGCUUCUACUUCAAAAACCUCGCGGCGACGGCAAGUGCACGGACGAGCGUCAGCGACCAGGCUGCUUCUCUCUACUCUACGCGGGGACAGCAAGACAACAGGAACGGACCAGCGACCAACCGGGUUCCGCCGAGCGGCUCGUCUCAGUCGUUCAACAAACAUUCGCCAAAACGGAGGGCUCAUCGGAAAACAGUGCCGGCGGCAAGAUGACCAAGGAGAAGAAGGUCAAAAAGCCGAAAAAAGUCGUGCCGGAGUACACGCCGGUGGACGGGCUGAGUGCCGUCGACCGGCAGUUCUUCGAGAUAACGAUCAACGAUCUGAACCAAAAGUUGGCGCGCCUCCGCACGCUGAACGUCCAGAUCGAAGACCGGAACGAGGAGCUGGAGAGCAAGCUGAAGCAGAUCGAGGAGGACCGGGCGGAUGUGAUGGCGUUUCUGGACCGGAUGUUGCACGAAAAGCUGGCGGUCAUCGUGGAGCUGGAGGACAAGCUGAGCGAGCUGUCCAAGGUGCGGAAUCAGGAGAACGAAGACUGCCAGAAGCAGAUCACUACGCUGGACGCCAAGUACAAGAUGAUGCACGAGCAGCUGACGUCGGAGAUACAGCUGCUGACGGGCAAGCUGAACUCGAUGGAGGAGUUUAGGUUGCAGCGGGACGAGCUGUUGGCCAAGUUUGACGCUCAGGAUGCUGAGCUGAAGGAGCAGAGCAAACGCCACAAGACGAUUCUGUACGAGAUGGAGCGGAAGAUGAUUCUCGACAAGGAUCGUCUGCGAAAGGACGUCGAAAGCAAGCUGCUUCAGCUGUCCCAGGAGUUCACCAAGUCGUCGGAAAUCCGCGUAGCAGCCCAUACCCAACGACUGGUUCGGGAGAACAUCGCCUUGAACAACGAGGUAGAUCGAGUGGUUUUCGCGUACGAACGUCUGGAGAAAGAAUUUACCGAACUGAAGCAGACCAACACCGAGCUGCGUAAUCAAGCGGAAAUCGAUCGAGUGGAGAAGCUACGUCUUGUGCAGACCUGUCAGGAGCGGUUGGAUCUCAUCAAAAAGCUGACCGACCAGUACGAAGAACAGCUACGUAAGAACGAGGAACUCACCGUUUACAAGGACAAAGCUGACGUGUUCAUACAGGAAACGGAAGACAUCAAACAAGAGUUCAAGAAGCUAACCCAUCGUACUCGCAUUCUCGAACAGUACACGCAGUACAUCAACAACGAACGGCACGUUCUGCAGACCGACUCCGAACACUACCGCAAGGAGUUCGACCGUAUGGCGGAGAUCUUGAAGGGUGUCCGUUCCACCGUUCGCGCAGCGUUCAAAGAAGACAGGGCAGAAGUGGGCAACGCUCUGUUCUACGAGGAAAGACGCAAGCGGCUGGUCGACGAUCUGCUGAACAUGCUGACCGAGCUGGAGAUAAAGCCACGUGUCGAAACGCCUCUCGUCAAACUUCCAGCCGACGUCGAGGGCUACAUCCGAGGCAGUCUGGGCAUGAUUCCGUGGGAAAUUACCGACGCAGACCAACCUCCGGAAUCCGUUCUGGACACCCCGCUUUUCACCCCGGACACGGCGUCCAACGUGAGCGAGCAGGAAAGCAGCGUCAGCUUGCGGAUUCCUUCCGAAAGCGACUCCGUGUACGACCGGAUCAGCCACGUUCGGUUGAACUUUAAGAGCUCGGAGGAGUCCGGCGAGGAGCAUCGACGGAGCCGCAGUGGUGAUUUCGACUCCGACGAGGAGGCCAAGAAGGUUUCGCUGGCACGGUCGGGCGACGAUCAGGGCACGAUGAACGCGAUUGGAUCGGUAAGUUCGGAGGAGCAGGACGAGGUCAUCGUCGAUGCACCGGAUGCGUUUGAGGAGGAGCCGAUCGAGUUUGGAGCGAUUAAAAGUGAUUCGGAUUAAAUUACUUGAAAAAGUGUGAUCAAUUUCUAGUUUGAAUGAAAUAAAUGCGUUUGUGUG